UGAACUCAGUUGGCCAAUGAGAAGGGCAGAUUCUGCUGCCUACGGCGCCGCGUCGAAGUCCACUUACUUUUCUGGCAGCUUGGUGCCCGAUAAACUCAACUGUGGAGGUACGGGGGGGGGGUUGAAUGUUGGUGGACCUCUUCAGUACUCCUCCACCUCUUCGUAGACGCCGACAGAGUCCAUCGCCCAGACGGCAGUUGCCCGCGGUCGGUGCCCAGCCAGCGAAGCGGGAGCCAUGCCUGUCCCCGCUGGAUACCUCAGCGACUCUCCUGCCGCGGCCUUCAUAUCCUCGGCCUCGCUUAUCCCGCCGCCACCGAUAAACACCCAGCAGCCCGGUGUUGUCACCUCGCUGCUGUACAGCGGCUCCAAGUUCAGGGGCCACCAAAAGAGCAAAGGGAACUCUUACGACGUGGAAGUUGUUUUGCAGCAUGUCACCAUGGAGGAUUCCUACUUGUGUGGCUACCUGAAGAUAAAAGGACUGACUGAGGAAUACCCAACUCUGACCACGUUCUUCGCUGGAGAGAUCAUCAGCAGGAAGCGGCCUUUUCUCACUCGGAAAUGGGAUGCAGAUGAGGAUGUGGAUCGUAAGCACUGGGGCAAGUUUCAGGCCUUCUACCAGUAUGCAAAGACAUUCAACUCAGAUGAUUUUGACUAUGAGGAUCUGAAGAACUCUGACUAUAUUUUCAUGAGGUGGAAGGAGCAGUUUCUGGUCCCUGACCACACAAUCAAAGACAUCAGCGGAGCUUCCUUUGCUGGAUUCUACUAUAUCUGCUUCCAAAAAUCCACAGCAACAAUCGAGGGCUAUUACUACCACAGGAGCUCUGAAUGGUACCAGUCUCUAAACCUCACCCAUGUUCCUGAGCACAGUGCAGCGAUCUAUGAGUUCCGGUGACAUCGACCGGCAUCGUGGAUCUUUUUUUAUGAUGGACAGAGAUUUCAGGCAAAGCAGAGGUCUGCGGAUGCUACUGAGGAGAAAAAGGAGAAUGACUGGGGAUGAGAAUUUGGGCUUUGGAGAAGUGCAAACUCUCACAUGCUCCCAAUAAGUGGAUGGACAGCUGAUGGACCAGUGGACGGGAUAUUGGAUAAAUGAAUGGAUGAGAAGAAAGAAAAGAAUAAAGUGUAGCUCUGCUUCUGGGCUGGAACUUUUAAAGUUAGAACCAGCAGCAGAGACUGGGUGUGUGGCUCAUAUAGUGUACCCCUUUCUUCAUUUGUUUUAAUGUCUGGUUUUAAAAACGCUUGCCACAGUAUUUCGAGACACUUUAUAAGCUGAGUUGGGAAUUCCCCUUGUUCUGCGACUAGAAACGUUUCCAGCUUUCAUCCAGCCGAUGUGGAGUUUGCAACAUAAACGCAUUUGACUGCCAUUGGACAAGGAUUCCUCUUUAGGAGUCUGCUCUUAUAAACACAAUCUCUAAAGAAGUGAAUCACCAAGUCUGUUUGGAAGAAAAUCAAGAGAGAAGUUUCGGUUCGUGAUAGAUUGGAGCUUUAAUCAGCUCAUAAGCUAGAAUGACAGUAUUUUUUUUAAAGCUAAGCCGGUUCUUUGUAAGAUAUUUUGUUAUUUUACUCUAAAUGAUGGACGCAGGAUGGCACUUUUAAAGGCUGCAAUGUGAGCGAAACACAAACCGAGCUUUUCCCCUGUGUUCAUACAACUGCGUGGGACAUUAUUAUGUGAUUGCUGUGGAUCUUGUUCUAUUGAAUUACAUUUGCACAAAGAUGGACUAUAUGUUACUAAUGCUUGCAGUCAGGAUUUUACACUCACGUGCCCUACUACACAAGCAUCAAGGUGGCAGGUCAAACUUUUUGACUGGUUUUUAAGAGUCUGACUGUGUGUGUGUGGGGGGGGGGUUUAGAGCCAAAACAAUCACAUGAAAGAAUUCAAAAAGAGAGAGUAUUUUUUUCCCCUGCACUCUGCAUUAAACAAAGAGCUUUUUACUCCCUCAUGCAUCAUUUUAAAUUAAGAUCCCCACUACCCCUACAUUUAUGUCUCCUCGACUAUGCAACACUUUCAACAUACCAUUCUCCGAAUAUAAAACUUUCAGUUUUCAGAGACAAAAUUUUAUUCUAUCCUUAUAGUAUAUGAAAAAAAGAGUCUAUCUUCAUUAAAGGAAAUAUUUUUGUUAAAUUGCCUGUGAAAACACUCCCUAAUCAUGUUCCCUUUCCAUGUGAUGGUGCCAUCUUUCUAAAGCUUAUCAGAGUUGUAUUAUAACAGAUCAGAAGUGUGUUUAUUUGAGAAAAAGCCUGGAUUUGAUUGGUGGUGUGACUGUAAAGAAUGGAUUAUGGAUUUUAAAAAAUCAUAUCAAAACA